CGAGCAGUCGAAAUAUUCAAAAUGUGCAAAAUAAAAAUUAAAACAGUUCUUUUCUUAACAGUACUUGAAAUAUAUUUGGUGGCCACAACUGCCUUCGAAGAGACGUGUGAAUCCGAUCGACAAAUGGAAGAAAUGUGCAGCAUUCAUAACUACAAAACAGUGAAACCUUUGCUCGAUUAUUUUAGACAGGUUAGAAAUGAGUUAGAACAAAGUGAAUCUAAGGAAAAGCAUUUAAAUGAAUUAAAUUCUGAUCUUAUGGAAAAGUAUCAUGAAAUUGUGAGAAUUCAUGAAAAAUUCAUGAAGGAGGCAGCUCUAUUAGAUGAAUAUAAAAACGAAGUAAUUAAAGGGAAAAACGAUUUGAAAUCGUGUCAAAAUAAAGUUGAUAAAUUCGAAUCUGAAAUUAAUUCAAAACAAAAUAUUAUUGUUAAAUUAGAGGGAAAGUUAACAGAAAAAUCCACCAACUUAGAAAUUUGUCAAGUUCAAUUAAAAUCUCUCAAAUCUAGUUUAAUUGACAAAGAUGAAAAAAUAAAGAGAAUUAGUGAUAAUAUUCAAAAUAACACAGAACAUCAGAAAACACUUGAAGUGCAAUUAGAGAAGAGUAAAUCUAAAUUGAUAAAGCAGGAUGAAGAUAUUCAGUUAUGCCAAUCUAAAAUUGAUACGUUAAAUCGGACAUCAGAAAACAUCAGAGAACAGCAGAAAAGAAUUGAAUUGCAACUAAAAGAUAGUCAAACUAAGUUAAUAGAUAAAGUUAAAGAAAAUCAGUUAUGUCGAGCUGAAGUUGAUAAGUUAAGUCUCACAUCUUGCAUCCCAUUUGGAGAUUCAGAUGUUCAUCAACUCAAAGUUUCUGGCAUAGGUUUCUUCGAUGUUUUAUGCGAUAGUCAGUUAGCUGGACCUGGAUGGAUUGUAAUACAACAACGAGUUGGGGGAAAUGAGGAUUUCAAUAGGGAUUGGGCAACGUAUCGCAAAGGUUUCGGUUCUUAUAAGAAUGAUUUCUUCCUGGGACUCGAGAAAAUACAUCGUAUCACCAGUUUGCAGCGAUUCGAACUUUACAUACAUUUGGUUGCUGUGAAUGGAAGUACCUACAACGCUCGUUAUGACGAGUUCAAAAUAUCUGAUGAACACAGUGGAUAUAAACUGAGUUUGGGUAAAUUCGAUGGAACUAUUAAUGGGGAUGCGAUGAGAGUCAGCGAAAACAUGAAAUUCUCAACAUUCGAUCGCGACAACGACAUUGGUUUCGGUAAUUGCGCGGUAUAUUGGGGAAGUGGCUGGUGGUACAGGAUUUGUUAUGAUUGUAAUUUAAAUGCACAAUAUAGGCGAGAUCUAUAUUGGUGGGCGAAAAAUAAAAUCGAACUUAAAGAAGCUAAGAUGCUAAUUCGCCCCAAAGAAGCGAUGAAGAAGUGAGCAAUUGAAGAGCUUAAAUUCUCUCAAUUAUGUAAUCAUUUAUAUAUAAUUGGUUGAUUAAAAUUUUGCGUUCUAAAUAAAA